AUGAAUAACAACGUAGUCCCCGUCAACCCAGACGCCAACAACAACAUCAACAACAACAACAGCAACAGUAAUGACGACACAAGUCCCUACAACAACAACAACAACAACAACAACCACAACAGUACAGUUCGAAGUAGACACCACCAUCACAUAAUCGACAGGCGACAGUUCGACGAGUUGUAUGAACUACCCAACCUUUUAAACACUGGUGGAAAUGGCCGAGUAUUCUGUGGUGUCCGAAAACAAGAUGGGAAAUUGGUUGCAGUGAAGUUUGUACCAAAAGUUAAAGUGACUGAAAAAGUCCGGGUAUACGGAGUCGUCAUCCCGAUGGAAGUGCACCUACUUCGAAAGUGUAGCUGCCUCCCCGAGGUCAUUCAACUGGUUGACUAUUACGAGAUGGCCGAUGAGUACAUCAUCAUCACCGAAAGAUCUGCAUCGACGUCAGAUCUGUUCGACUACGUUUCCCUAAAACGUCGCCUGAGCGAGGGUGAAGCUAGACCCAUAUUCAAAGAAAUCACGAAAAUUGCCCUCAAGCUGGCCUCCAUUGGAGUCAUACACCGGGACAUCAAGGAUGAAAACGUCAUCAUGAACCUCGAAACCCGCGAGGUCAAAUUCAUCGAUUUUGGUUCGGCCGGAGAUCUACACGAUGGCUACUACCAUAAAUUUGACGGUACCCGAGUUUACAGUCCGCCAGAAUGGGUGAUGUUGAACAGGUACCGGGCCAUCCCUGCCUGUGUGUGGUCCCUCGGAAUUCUCCUCUACACCAUGGUCUGUGGGGACAUUCCGUUCGAUGAAGAUGAACUGAUCAUACUGGCUGAUGUCUCUUACAAUAGGCCUCUGUCUAGUGAAAUCCGAGACCUCAUAGAAUGGUGUCUGACCUUCGACCCGGUAGAUCGGCCGUCUUUGGAAGAAAUUUUGCAACACAAUUGGUUCACGUGCCGUCUCGAUGAUGAUUACUAG